AUGCCAGAUAAACACGACACUGUUGCAAGUUGGUCAAUACCUGUGCAUGAUCGAAUAUAUAAAAUUGAAUUCGAACAUGGAACAGCUAGUGGAAAAAGAGUUAUACGAGUUGAUGGAAAAGAAAUUCUGAGGAGAAAUUGGAUGUUUAGUCUUGUUGGUAAAGAAGUAUUUAAUAUUGGUAAAUUAAAGUGUGUCAUUAAUGUGGAAGUUUGUGGAACAUUUUUAUAUCAAUACACAUUAGAAGUGAAUGGUAAAUCAUAUGACAAAUUUCGAGAAGAAGUAGCAAAAAAGCUAAAGACAUGGACAACAAUUUUGGAUGGUCAAGAGACUCGUAUAUGUUUAGAUAAAGGAACAAUGGACAUCUGGGUCAAUGGUCAAAAAUUGAAUACUGCGGGUGAAUUUUUGGAGAACGAUACAAAGACACAUUUUGAAAUUGGUCAUAAUAUUUGUUAUGUGAAAGCAACAAGUAGUGGUAAUAAGAAAUUGGGAUUUAUCUAUCGACUUUACAUUAACAAUAAUGAAAUAACUUCUAUUAAUGAUUCACAAUGA